CCAAAAAAAGAAAAAGGGAUGAUUCAUCACCUUGUUGUAAGCCAAAACCAACGGUGUUAUCACAAAAAUAUCUUCCCUCCCUUUCGCUUGGUCAAGAUUUUUUGAUUCACCAAGUUAGCAUGUGUAAGACAGAGAUAGACAAAGAAAAGAUAAUUUCUUGUCUCAUACAAAUCACCUCUUCCAUUGACAAAACAAGCUAAUGGCUUGAUUUUCGCAUAUCUUUUUUAUCAUCUCUCAAUUAGAAAAAUAAAUAAAAAUAAGAAAAAAAAAAAUCUGAAGCUACCCACUAAAAAAAAAUUAAAAACAGAAGUGACAUUAUAGUUUUUCUUGUUAGGCGUACAGGGAAAAUAAGCAUCGUUUAAGAAAAUUAUUAACUGAAUUUUUCCUGUACGCCCCCUACAUAUAUAUAUAUUUCUUCUGUAAUCUACAUGUGCAAGCAUGCAUAUUGAUUGCCAUUUAAUGUAUUUGUUCAUUUUUGAAUUUCUCCUCCUCUUCAACAUGAUCAAAGUUUCAUUAUCUGACCCUAAUGUUGCAAUAGCCAUAGAUUGUGGAGCAACAGGUCAAGGUAAGGAUGGUGAUGGCAGGCAAUGGGAUACAGAUAAUAAGUACCUUCCAUCUCAAGGAAAUUCUCAAAGUGUUAAAGCACAGUUUCAAGAUCCAUCCCUUCCAUCAGAGAUUCCUUAUAUGAGUGCAAGGAUAAGUAACUCAGAAAUGGCUUACAAGUUUCCUAUAAACUCUACAUCACGGUAUUUCCUACGGCUCCAUUUUUACCCAACAUCCUACAACUCUUUCAGCAUUAGUAACUCUUAUUUCUCGGUUACAGCCGCUGGUUUUACCCUUCUUAACAAUUUUAGUGCUUCCGUCACGGCGGAGGCCUUAACUCAAGCUUACAUAAUAAAGGAAUAUUCCCUUGCUCCUCUAGAUGAUGGGGUGGAUACAUUAGAUGUUGUUUUCAAGCCAUCAGAUAAGCAUGCUGGGUCAUUUGCAUUUAUAAAUGCUAUUGAGUUGGUUCCUACCCCUAAUAUAUUAGAUUCAGCUGUAUUGGUGGGUUUCUCUGAUCAAUCUUUAGAUGGAAAGACCGCAACAGUUGAGACAAUUGCAAGGUUGAAUGUAGGUGGAAAUUACAUUCCUCCUACAAAUGAUUCUGGCUUGCUUAGGACAUGGUAUGAUGAUACACCUUAUAUUUUUGGUGGUGGAUCAGGUGUUACCUCCGAAGAUAAUGAAACUGUUGGGGUAGACUAUCGUGACAUGCCGAAAUAUAUUGCACCAGGAGAUGUUUAUGAUACAUGGAGAUCUAUGGGUCCUGACCCUAAUGUUACUUUGAAUUUCAACCUUACGUGGGAGUUCUCCGUGGAUCCAACCUUCACCUACAUCAUAAGACUACACUUUUGUGAGCACAUUUAUACCAAGGUAAACCAAAGAUUAUUCGACAUAUUCAUAAACAACCAAACAGCAACUCCAAGUGGUGCAGAUGUAAUAGCAUGGACUGGAUCUAAGGAUGUCCCUGUGUAUAAGGAUUUUGCUGUAAAUGUCCAAGGUGGGGAAGGACAACAACAACAACUUUUGGUAGCGCUUCACCCAAGAGAAGCAGAAAAGCCAGAGUUCUAUGAUGCCAUCCUUAAUGGGAUGGAGGUUUUUAAGGUGAGUGAUGGAAAUAAAAAGUUGGCAGGUCCUAACCCAACUCUGUCAGAGGCAUUAGUUAAGGCUGAGAAGGAGAAAAGGGAGAAUUUCACUAAAGAUAAGUCUAACAUUAAUGUGAUUGGGGCUGCUAGCGGGGUCGCGGCAGCCUUUGGGCUAGCCACUGUAUUUGCUGUUGUGCUUUAUAAGAAAAAGAGCAGGAUGCCUAGAAGCAAGUCAGGAACAUCUAGUUGGUUACCUUUAUAUGGUAACUCCCAAACAUCUGGGAUGAAAUCAACUAUAGGAGGAAGUAGUGUUGCAAGUGCUCAACUUUCAACUGAGGCAGCUGCUAAUUGUCGACACUUUACCUUAGCUGAAAUAAGGAAGGCCACUAAAAACUUCGAUGAGUCAAAUGUCAUUGGUGUUGGAGGUUUUGGAAAGGUCUAUAAAGGAGUGAUUGAUGGAAGCUUGAAGGUAGCUGUCAAAAAGUCGAAUCCAUCAUCAGAGCAAGGUGUUAAUGAGUUUGUUACUGAGAUAGAGAUGCUUUCGAAACUUAGACAUAAACAUUUAGUCUCUCUUAUUGGAUAUUGUGAAGAGAAUGGAGAAAUGGCUUUGGUAUAUGAUUUCAUGGCACAUGGUACUUUAAGAGAGCAUCUUUACAAGGGAAAUAAGAUAAAUCUAACUUGGAAACAAAGACUUGAGAUGCUAAUAGGUGCUGCAAAGGGACUACAUUAUCUUCAUACUGGAGCGAAAUACACCAUUAUCCAUAGAGAUGUGAAGACCACUAAUAUUCUUUUGGAUGAGAAUUGGGUUGCUAAGAUAUCUGAUUUUGGUUUAUCAAAGACAGGACCUGAAACAAACCAACACCAUGUUAGCACAGUGGUGAAAGGUAGUUUUGGUUACUUAGAUCCUGAGUACUUUAGAAGACAACAACUGACAGAAAAAUCAGAUGUGUACUCCUUUGGGGUUGUCCUCUUUGAGAUUUUGUGUGCUCGCCCGGCUCUUAACCCCAGCCUUCCAAAAGAGCAAGUCAGUUUGGCAGAUUGGGCACGAAGCUCAGUUCGAAAGGGAAACAUAGAUGAAAUCAUUGACACUCACAUUAAGGGGACGAUAAAGCCAGAAUGCUUAAAGAAAUUUGUAGAUACUGCAUUUAAGUGCUUGUCUGAUCAUGGAAUUGACAGACCCUCAAUGAGUGACUUACUAUGGAAUCUUGAGUUUUCUCUUCAACUUCAAGAAACUGAGGAUGGUCCUAAAACUUCUUCAAGUGGGAGGAGUAAUGUAAAUGAUAACAUAAACAUGCACUUGAGUACUCUAAAUCUACAAGAUGAUGAAGACUACUCUACAUUAGCAUCUUCAUCUACUGAUCAAAACUCUAGCACGGCAAUAUUUUCCCAAAUUGUCCAUCAAACAGGUCGAUGAGUAAGUAUAAUCAUGUAAACUUUGUAAACACGAUCUCAAGGAUUGAUCUAAAUUAUAUAUUCAGAUGAUGUUAAUUUUAUAACUAAGAUGGUUGCUACUGAGAGCAUAACUUUGGAUACGUUGUCUAUAUUUGUGUUUUUUUUCGUGUAAUUAGUUUGUUUUUGAUAUCUUUGUAUUUAUCAUCCUAUUUCAAACUUCA